GGGAUAGUGCAUAGUACAGGCCAUUGACAAUCUUUGCUCGGUACCCGCCAUAUCUGAAAUUCCUUAUCUUCCUCUGUAACUGGGACUUUGUCCACGUGACUGACCCGUAUAUAGUGCAACGGAGCUUACUUAAUUUUAAGACAUCUGCAACAUCUGUCUGUAGGCUAAGUAUUGUUAGUAAAGGCAGUCUGUCGGCCAUCAAAGUGUCAUCGUUACACCUACCUAGUGUAAGGAAUCAUUGAGGGGGAGGGGAAAAGAACCAUCCGGGCUGCGGACAACCUAAGACGCCAUUGAAGACUCGUUUGGAAGGACAGAUCAUCGCCAUGGACUGGCGAUACUUUGCGGCAUUGACAGUGCUGCUGGCUAGUCUAGCCGCCUUCAGUCGAGGGCAGGAGUGGCAACCGAAGGCAGACGUAGUGUUUGUGUUAGACUCUUCGGAUACAGUAGGGGCGGAGAGAUGGGGGGAGCUGAAAACAAUGUUGCUCAGGUUGGUCCAGACCUGGAAUAUUGGAUCGAACGGCAUUCAGGUCAGCGCGGUGUCUUAUGGGAGCGGCCCGAAGAGCGAGUUUUAUUUCAAUGACGUCACCAACGGCCAGCAGCUGGCCCAGCGCCUGGAGACGAUGACUUUCUCUGGAGGUACUCCCGAUGCAGGAGAGGCGAUCCGAUUCGCUUAUAGAACGAGCUUCAGUGCUACCUACGGAGCUCGCUCUGGUGUCCCCCAUGUCAUAGUGCACGUGUCCAACGGGCCGUCCAGUGACCUUGACCUCUUGCUACAAGAAGCCAAAAAUGCCCGUGAUCAAGGAAUCUCAAUUUUCAAUAUCGGAAUUGGCCAAGGAAUAGAAACGGACCGUCUUGAACAGAUUGCUAGCGACCCGAGCUCCAGGUACGCUUUUCGCGUAGACAGCUAUUCCUCUCUUUUGAGCUUGGUCCCGACCUUGUCCUCCAGGAUAAUAAACGCUGUACCAGUCAAUAAAGUGGAGCUCCCGACUGUACAAGGUUGCCUGGCCAAGGCUGACCUGGUGCUUUUGGUGGAUUCAUCGUCCAGCGUGGGCCAAGAGGACUUCGAACAUCUCGAAGACUUCCUCAAGGACCUGGUCAUGCAACUUCCGGUUGCUCCGGAUCAGGUGCAGAUCGGCCUGGUGCAGUUCUCCAGCCACCCGAGCUUGGAAUUUCCACUGAACAUGAACCCGGACCGUUUGUCCGCACUGAAGGCUAUAGACACCGUCCAGUUCAUGGGGGGCGGCACCAACACUGGGGAGGCCAUCGAGUACACCACCAAGAACGUCUUCAGCACCCAGGGUGGGGCACGUAUCGAUGUUCCGCGCAUUCUGAUGGUGGUGACGGACGGGAACUCUAUGGACGGGGCUCGAACCCUGGCGGCUGCCAACCAGGCCAGGCAGAACAACAUCGGGGUUAUAGCUGUUGGUGUGGGCAGCAGCAUUAACAGCGAGGAACUGAGCAACAUCGGGCAGGACCCUCACAAUGUCUUCCAGAUCGGCAGCUACAAGGACCUCCAGACACUGACAACGACGAUCUUGAACUCUGCAUGCAGAGUUGAAGCGAGAUUAACUACCACUGCACCAGGUGUCACCGCGGCUCCCUGCGUUGACGUCGACAGCGACUGCAGCAGCUACGCAGACAGCGUGUGCACGUCCUACACCAGCUGGGCACAACAGCACUGUGCUAGGCGCUGCGGCUUCUGCCACGGUGAGAAGGUGGAAGUCCCGUGCGUAAAUAAAGUAAACAACUGCGAGAGCUAUGGCUCUGAUGUCUGUACUGGUACAUACCAUGACUGGGCCAUGGAGAACUGUCCUCGAUUCUGUGGAUUUUGCGGAGCUGACAGCGCAACACUCGGAUUUUAUAACAAGUGUAUGUACAAAGGUCGACAGUAUGUACAAAACGAGAAAUGGGUCGACGGAUGCGAUUACGAAUGUGUCUGCGAGGACAGCAGCACUGGCUUCUACCGUUGCUACAACCGAUGUCCUGUGUAUUAUGACUUGCCGUCGAGCUGUACCCUUGUCGGCGUCCCGGGUGAGUGUUGCCUCAAGCCUGUCUGUGACUUCCGGCAAGAGCUGAGUGUACAGGAAGUAGCUCCGGGGCGGAAGGUCAACGCUCAAGGCAUCGAGGUCUGCGAGUACCAAGGUCUUCAGUACUACCAAGAUCAGACCUGGGACGUGGGCUGUGACUUCCGAUGCACUUGUGUCGACACCUCCCGCGGAUUUUACCGAUGCCAGUCGUACUGCCCAACGUACCCUGCCCUCCCAAGUAUGUGUCGCCUCACGCAGAAAGCCGGUCAGUGCUGCAUGGAACCUGUCUGCGAGUUCAACACCCAGACUGGGUCAUUCACAGGUUAUGGCACCAUCAGCGGCAGAGGCGUCGAGACGAGACCACAAGGCGGGGAGACGUGUCAGGACGUGUUGGUGGACUGUGCUCACUACGGGGUGGACGCCUGCACCCAGUACACCUCCUGGGCCAGGAACAACUGCGCCAAGUUCUGCGGCUUCUGUUCACUGGACACAGUUGCUCCUGGAGCUGACGACUUUUGCUACUAUAAUGGCAAGAAGUACUCGCAAGGUCAGAAGUGGGACAUCGACUGUGACACGCAGUGCACGUGUGAGAAAGCGGUUUAUGGAUAUUACCGAUGUGUUCAGAGAUGUGCAGUGUACCUCAACCUGCCCGCCGGCUGCAGCACCGUGAAGAAGGUGGGCGAGUGCUGCCAGUCAGUGGAGUGCGAGCAGGGCACGUACUACUCCUCCGCCACCAACAUCUUCACCAUCGGCAGCGGAGGCGGCCUCUACGUCAGGUCCGGCGGCAACUACAUCGAGGCUGUCCCAACCCUGCCGUCUGGCGCCACACUGGCCCCGGGAACAGCCAUCGGCUCUUCCACAGGGCUGCAGAACAUCAGGAUAGACGGGUGUCUGUUUCACGGCCGGGUGUACAUCCAGCAACAGCAGUGGAACGAAGGAUGCGACUUCACCUGCGUCUGUCUCGAUGCUGGAUCCGGCCGCUUUGCGUGUCGUGAAAGAUGCCCCAAGUACGACAGUUUACCUGCGGGGUGCACCUACGUCCCUGACCCCAAUGACCCCUGCUGCACCAUCCCGUCUUGCCCUGCGUCAGUCAACUACGUCAUGAUACCCGUGUACAGCAAAAGCGUGCAGGCCAUCGGCGCUGUCAUGGCGCCGGGUUUGUUCGCUCUGAUGUCGGGUACCUACACCUCGCAAUUCACUCUCCGCCACAGUGCCUUUACGGUGGCGCCGCCCACGCAGCCAGUGGACACCCUGAAACCAGGAGGACUGGACUACUGUGAGUACAAGGGACAGCACUACAGCCACGGACAGACGUGGGAGGACGGAUGCGACUACAACUGCGUGUGCGAGGACGCCUUCACCGGCUCUUGGCGCUGUGUGGACAAGUGUGAACACUACAUCAAUGUUCAACCGCCGUGCUACCUGGAACAGGAUCCUGUACAAACCUGCUGCCAGCGACCAGUCUGCAACUUCGAAAUUAUUCACAACGAGUUCCAGGGGAACAAUACUCUACCGACCACCACGACGACGACACAGCGCUACGGCCAACCUGCCUGCUCCUACAAAGGAACUCAGUACCUGCAGGGCCAGUCAUGGUUCGAUGGCUGUGAUCUCAAAUGCAGAUGCGACAGUGCUGACAACAACGUAUACAGCUGUCUGUCCAGGUGCCCGUCGUAUCCAGAGAACUACAGAGAGUGCCCACAGGUGCCGGAUCCCUCGGAUCCUGGAUGCUGCCUCGUCCCUGUCUGCACACCCACUUCAGCCACCACGCUGAUUCCACCCACGGGUGUCACUCUGGUGCCGCACCCGUUCCCCGUCUUGCCUCCAGGGAUCGUCAGUGGGGGAGGCAACACGAUCGGUUACUGUCUGUACAAUGGUGUACACUACUCCCAGGACCAAAGAUGGCAAGAUGGCUGCCAGUACAACUGCGUGUGCACUGACGCAAGCAUUGGACAUUACUCCUGUACUAAAAGGUGUCCACGAUAUGCAGAGCUGCCUCCCACCUGCCGUCUGAUCACCGAUUUCUCGGACCCUUGCUGUCAAGUCCCUACCUGUGACGGCCAGUACAACACUUUUACAGGUUCCUGUCACCUGGCCAGUCAACGGUCACAACUGCUCCACCACCAUACUGUCCUGUACAAUGGCGCCCGCUUCUACCAGGGACAGACGUGGCAAGAUGGCUGCAGCAAGACGUGCCGUUGCGAGGACGCCGCGAACCAGAUAUACACGUGCACAGACAGGUGCCCUGUUUUCGAAGACUUGCCAUCAGAGUGCCGUCUGUCUGCGGAUUCGAGUGAUCCAUGCUGCCUAUCGCCCAUCUGCACACCAACACCCGGCCUGGUGCCAACCCUGUUUCUCAGCCUGGACUGAUUCCCACCCUAGCACCCGGCAAACUGACUGGAUCUGUCUCCUACCCCACACCCACCCCUGGUUCUGGGGUGACGGUACCGUCAAUCAACUACUGUUUGUACCUGGGCAACCCUUACGCUCAAGGCGAGGUUCUGGGAGGACGGCUGCAACUACAUCUGUACAUGCGUGGACGAGACCACAGGGCGCUACGAGUGCAGGAGAGAUGCACGCGCUACGCCGCCAUCCCCAG